ACGGGCACAUGGGCGAGCGCGUGAUCGUUGUGGGCGCGGGCCUGGCUGGGCUGGCUGCAGCGACACAGCUGCAUGAGGCUGGGUAUGAGGUGGUGGUGGUGGAGGGCCGAGACCGUGUAGGUGGCCGCGUGUGGACGGAUCGGAGCACAGGCAUUCCACUGGACAUGGGCGCAAGCUGGCUGCACGGCAUCAAGGGGAACCCGCUCUAUGAGCUGGCACAAGCCAUCGGCGCCCGCACUAGCGAGACAGACUAUGACAGAUUCGCAGCGUACGAGCGAGACGGCACCAGAGCCAGCAUGACUGCGCGUGAUCUGCAGCGGCUCGUGGACGUUGUCACCAAGCAGUGUGGCAAGGCAGCGAAGCGCCGAUCGACCGGCAACCUGCUCGAUGUCGUGCGCGACUUGUGGUCCAGGGGGAAGCUGGCGUUCCUCGGAUCCUGGGAGCGCGUGCUGCACGCCGUCAACUCCUACAUUGAGCACGACUUUGCGGCCGACAUGGCGUGCCUGUCUGCACAGCAGCCCUGGGAAGGCGACGACCUGCCGGAGCCCGAAGUCGUGUUUCCAGACGGCUUUGAUCAGCUCACAACACACCUAGCAAAGGCGCUGCCCUGUAUCCACCUCAACACCACCGUCACCAAGAUUAUCGACGUCGCGCGCAGCGAAAAGCGUGGCAUGGACAGUGACCGCAUGCCCGGCGCAGCGCACAAGCCGAGUAACAGUGCCGGUGACGCCCAACGUGGUGGCGCCACUGGAGAGCAAGCGGUGGCAACACAAGCGGUGGCAACGCACGCUGGUGUGACGCAAGAGGGUGUGGAGCGAGCGCAGGUGCAGGGACAAGGCAGUAGGGUGGCGGUAGAGGGCGGCAAACGAAAAUCCGCAGCUGUGUGCGUGGAGACGCAGGACGGGCGAUGGUUUGAGGCCGAUCGCAUCGUGGUGACGCUGCCAAUUGGGGUGCUGCGCGCCAACACAGUGGCGUUUGACCCGCCGCUUCCAGCAGACAAGCAGCGUGCCAUCGCCAACUUGGGCAGCGGCAUCCUCAACAAGGUCUGGCUUGUGUUUCCCUUCCCCUUUUGGGACACAGACAAGCACAUGCUGGUGUACCUGAGCGACCCGCCCGGCGAGUUUUCGCAGUGGUUCUACUUCCCCGACAUUGCAUCUGGCAACGCGCUGCUGGCGUUCAACGCAGGCUCCUUUGCGCGUGAUUGUGAAGACCGCAGCGACGACGAGCUGGCGCAGCACGCCCUCGCCAACCUUCGCCGUCUCGUCCACAGCAAGUGCCGCUCCUCGCGCACACCAUCAGCCUCCAGGGCUGCAGAUGCAACGGCAACAUCGACGACUGCAACAACGGCGCCAACGGCAACAACGACACCAUCGACUACAUCAGCAACGGCAACAACAACGGCAGCAUCAGUAACGGCAACAACGACGACAACACGUGUGCCCGAUCCAGAGCACGUGCUGGUGUCGCGAUGGCAUCGUGACCCGUUCAGCCUCGGCUCGUACAGCCACAUGCAGCCCGGUGCACAGCUGGAGCACCGCCAGCACUUGCAGAGCCCUGUUGCAUCUCGGCUGUUCUUUGCAGGAGAAGCGACGUCCCCUGACUUUCCCGGCACAACACACGGCGCAUACCUCACGGGUGUGCAGGCGGCCAAACAGCUCAUGCGCGCCACACAGCGCCAACGCGAAAGAAGAAGAAGGCGGUAAGCGGACUCUUGAUGGGUGGUGCAAGCAAGUGUGGGGCGAAGAGGGGAUUGAUUGAUGGAUUGGAUGGAUGGACUUGAUUGCUUGCUUGCGUGGUGUGCAGCGUGUGUGAUUUGCAUAAAGUGAAAGUGCAC